GAUCACAUCUAUUCAUGGAGGAAUGCUUAUGUUUACGCCCAUCACGGUAUCUAUGUUGGAAAUGAUAAGGUAAUCCAUUUCACCAGAGGACGAGGUCAAGAAGUGGGGACUGGAACUGUGCUGGAUGUUCUUCUAUUAAGCUCUACACCUGCCCAUUCUGAGCCCUGCUCCACUUGCCCACCACUAGAAGAAGGUAAUGGAGUCGUCUCUUCCUGUCUAGAUUGUUUUCUCGCUGGUGGGAUCCUGUACCGUUUCGAGUAUAGUGUCAGUCCUGCUCUCUUUCUAGCAAAAGCACGGGGUGGAACAUGCACCCUUGCUGUCUCAGAGCCGGAUGAUAUCGUAGUCCACCGAGCAACCUACCUGCUUGACAAUGGUUUUGGGUGUUACAAUGUUUUCAAGAAGAACUGUGAAGAUUUUGCCAUUUACUGUAAGACUGGUCUGCUUGUUGUCGACCAAGGAGCAAUUGGCCAGAGUGGCCAGGCAAUAUCAAUAAUAGGUGGGUCUGUUUCUGCCAUCUUGGCAACACCCUUGCGCCUUGUUACCACCAAUGUGUAUGGGAUGGCAGCAACAGCGAUUGGGGUCUAUUGUGCUAGUCGGUAUGCUGCAGAUAUUGGCAUGAGGAGGGAUGUGGUGAAGGUAGAAGUGGAAGAUCUCAUUAAGUGACUCUUGAUUUUCAUGAACAAUGGUAUGUAAUACUGGCCCUUUCUAAGACUGGUCUUUGAUUAAUAAAUUGUUGGAAACUGUGGUUCCCAACAUGUGCUGAUUGUGUUUGUGUAA